GCGUCCCUGCCGUCUUCCCCAAAUGACGGCGGCGCACGCCAGUAGUCGCCGGCAGCCUGUGAGGACAUUCCGAAGGGCGAGUGGUGGGCUUGCCCUCUCGAGCCUAGUUUCCCGGUCUCUCCCCGAGUCUGGGUCUUUGGGCCGUCCCCAGUGAGCGCCCAGGGGCGGCAGAACCCCAAGAGAUCUCAUGUGGCCUCACUUUGCAAGACACGUACUGCAGUGCAGGCAUCUCCAGCCUGACUCAUGGUUUCUCUCAUCUGCAGCGUGACUGACAGGUUUCCUCCAGUAAGAGGUGACUCUUGAAGCUCUGCAGAAACAAGUGUGUGUGUGAUUUCAAGGCACGAUGGCUGCAAAAGUGGUUCCUAUACCCCUAAAGCCAAAGAGGUCCUUUAUACUGAGAGUUCCUCCUAACUCCAAGCUGGGCCAAGAUCUACUCCGAGAUGCUACUAGUGGGCCCAAGACCAUUCACCAGCUGGUUCUGGAGCACUUCCUCACCUUCUUGCCCAAGCCAAGCCUAGUCCAGCCCAGUCAGAAAGUCAAGGAGACCUUGGUUAUUGUGAAGGAUGUGAGCUCAAAUCUUCAGAACAGAGUGCAACCUCAUCCCUUAGUGAAGCUUCUACCCAGAGAAGGAAUCCAGCAGAAACAGGAGACAGUGUCUCUGUGUUUGAAAGCUGAGUCUGAGGAGCUGGUGGUCUUUGAGGAUUUGAAUGUAUUUCACUCCCAAGAAGAAUGUGUAAGCUUGGAUCCUGUUCAGCAGCCCACCUCAGAGAUUCAAGACAACAGCAUUGGGGAGAUGAUGUUACUGGUCAGUGACAGUAAUCCUGAGGGUGAAGAUCUUCAGAAAGAACCUGUAGAGAAUGAAGAACAGAGAGAAAAGUCUUCAGAUUGUGAUGAAAUUGAUUGCUCCGUGGUCUCUGAGCAACCUCCAGAUUGCCAGAAAGAGGAAGGACUAAAUACAUGCAUUCCAAAGGAAAGGAAAAUGAGAAAUCUUUUAGUUACCAUCGAAAAUGAUACUCCACUAGAGGAACUCUCAAAAUAUGUGGAUAUCAGUGUUAUCGCACUUACCAGAAAUCGGAGAACAAGAAGAUGGUAUACUUGUCCACUGUGUGGGAAACAGUUUAAUGAAAGUUCUUACCUUAUUUCCCACCAGAGGACUCACACUGGAGAAAAACCCUAUGACUGUAGUCACUGUGGGAAAAGCUUCAAUCAUAAAACAAACCUUAAUAAACAUGAGCGAAUCCACACAGGAGAGAAACCUUAUUCAUGUUCUCAGUGUGGGAAAAACUUUCGUCAGAAUUCUCAUCGGAGUCGCCAUGAGGGAAUCCAUAUAAGGGAGAAGAUAUUUAAGUGUCCAGAAUGUGGGAAAACCUUCCCAGGAAACAAAGAAUUUGUGAUUCAUCUGCAGAGUCACGAGGCUGAGAGGCCAUAUGGUUGUACAAAGUGUGGGAGGAGGUUUGGUCGGCUGUCAAACUGUACCCGGCAUGAAAAAACCCAUUCAGCAUGUAAGAUCCGAAAACAGAAGUGGGAUCGGGAAAGGUCUGAUGGUCCUGCCUCAACCUGAAAUAUUCCUUAAGGAAUUCUGAAUUCCCAGGCUAUCUGAAAAGAUACAGAUAAGAAAAC